GAAGAUUCCUAACCUACUAUGUCAAUGUUAGUUAUACAUAUAUCAAAAGACACAAGUUACUAUAUUUAUCUCUUUUCGACUCCUAUUAUUUUCUCGUUGGAACCUUUCACCUAACUCUAUUAUAAAAUUCAUUUAUAAAAAACAUAUCUUACGUCUAGUAAUUAGAGAAAGGAGUGAAAUAUUUUUUCUUUGAAAUAAUGGAAUCUACGAUAAGUAAUCAAGCGAGAGCAAAUAAAGAACGUGAUAAUGACAUUGGCAACAAGAAAGAAACUGAUACCGCUCUUCCUGAGGAUAAAGGAUCAACUGGAUAUUCGGAAUAUGACAGUGCCGAUGCAGAUAGUUACACUGAUGAAGAUGAAAACCAAAAAAUACGUUCCAGGGCUUCUUAUUUAGAUGAUAAUUCUGAUGGUGAAAGCCUAUUAUUAGAACGAGAAGAAGGUGAUGGACAGGAAAGUGUUUCUUCAAAGAAAAUUGAUGAUGAUGAAGAUAAAAAGAAUCCACAGUAUAUUCCAAAGAGAGGAACUUUCUAUGAACAUGAUGAUAGAACUUUGGAGGAUAAUGAAAUUCAGAAUGAAGGGGAAACUGAUAAAGAAAAGGACAACAAAAAGAAAGUGUGGCAAGAUAAGAAAGAAAGAUGGGCUCAUGAUAGAUAUAACGAACCAGAACAAGCUCCAAAAAGUAGAUCAGAAUUAAUUGCAAUAUAUGGUUAUGAUAUUAGAAAUGAAGAAGGACCACCAAGAGCUAGGAGACGUAGAAAAUAUGGUCGAGGGCCAAAUAAAUACACUCGUAAUUGGGAGGAUGAGGAAGCUUAUAACAAACCUUCACCUGUAGUCAAAAGAGGAAAGAAGCCCCUAAAUAGAAAUAAUCAAGAAGAAUUUCCACCAUUAAUAAAAAAUUCGUCAGAGAGGAAUGAAAAUAAUCAUAAAGCUCCAAACAAUGUGAAAGUUGAUCAACAACCACCGUCAAUGAAAGUUGAAACUUGGAAUGAGGCUCCAAAAGAAAAACAGAUACCUCAUUCAUCUAAAUCAGAGAAUUCCCAAAAUAAUGCAAGUUAUCCUGACAACAACAAUAAGGGUCAACGUAUAGGAUCUGGAAGAAUUAGUAGUUCAAAAGAACCAAACGAAUCUGAGUAUAAUGGUUUCACAACAAAAUCCAGGAAUGCCCGAAAUAGAAAAGCAACAGCACAAAAAGUUUUGCCAGCUAAGAAUGUUCAAAAAGACGAUUACAUUCAAUCGCAAAACUUUUACCUCAGUAAUAAGAAUAAUGAGUUAGAGAAGGAUAUGAGCAAAUUGAAUAUAGAAGAUGGGAAUGGAAGCAAAUCAAACUUUAAUAAAGCAAAUUAUAACAAUUGUAACAAUAACCAAAGGCAGAGCAGUGUUCCACCACGACUUCAAUCAGAACAGAAAGGUUCUAAGAGAUAUAGUUCUAUGAGACAGAAAAGUUUACCGGAAACUACCACUCCUCCAUUGAAUAACUAUGCCACAACAUUUUAUCCAAAUGAAUUCAAUCAACAAUCUGUUCCAUCUCCUACUCAAUCAAUUUUACACCAAUCUUCCCAGAUACUUUCCCCUACUACACAAGUAGCUCAUGUUUCUCCACUUCAACCGACUCCUUUGCCUCAAGUUCCCGUUACAGCUGCUCCUUUACUUCAAGCUCCUACUUUCGCUCCUCAACCAUAUGCUCAACCUCCUCCUUUCAUACAAACUCCAGCAGUUGCCGGGCCUACGUUUAUACCGACUGCACCCGCAACGCAACUCAUCAAUUUCGUCCAAAGUCAACCUAGUUUCCCAGCAAAUUUCCAAGGAUAUCAACAACCUUUUAAUUCGGUGACUCCACCGACUGAACUGUAUCAACCACAGGGGGGAAUAACUUAUUACUCAACUGAUCAGCAAAUUGCCCAACGUCAAGUGCCGCAAAAACGCCCCAAAGCAGCAAUUCCCAUAGUAGCUCCUCCUUCCUAUGAUAAAAAAGAUGAAAAUUCCGACGUUCAGUCAGUGAAUAAUACUCAAAUUGAAAAUACAGAAACAACUGUCGAAGUACAUCAAUGACACAGCUCUUAUUUUGGGUAGAGUUUAGUUUCGCUUUUUCGGCUACAUAUUAUCAAGGUGAUCGAUGUGAAAAUUUGAAGAAAAUCGAAAAUGCAAGCUGUAGUUUUAUAAAGGUGCAAAUAGGCAAAACUGAUAUAUAAAUAAUUUAUAGCAAAAAUGUAUGUAUUUUACUAUGAAAAUGCUUCUCUUUUAAUAUCAGUUUGAUUUAUAAGUGGCCAUUUGCCUUACCAUUAUGACUCAUACAUUUUCAAAAUGUUCAAUAUAACCAAUCUAGAUAGUGAUAAAAUGAUACAGGAAAUGUUAUAGUUAUGUGUAAAUCCAGCAUAUAUAGCAUUUUGAGAUGAAUGCGCAUGUCUUCAAUAAAUUCAUUCAACUGGCGCAGUCACUAGGAUUUUUUAAAAAUUUAGUAUUUGCUCCUGAAUAUAAUCUACUAAUUUUAUGUAAAUACGAUUGAUCCGUCUAAUUAAAAAAGUACUAUUUAUGCAACAAAACACACUAAAGACUCAGUUGAGGACAUUGGAGACGUUUGCUGAGACAGAUAUUAUUUUGUAACCAAAACUAUGAUUCUGAAUGAAAUUGAAUAAUUCAAUCAACUAUUGAAUUGAAUGAAAAAUUGCCUUUAGCAUUGUGUUAUUGGCAUAGGCAAACAAUUGAAGAACUUAUUGCCUGUUACAAUGAAUACUGGCGUAUACUUUCAAAGCUACAAUUGUAAAUAGUAUAAUCUUACAGAUUUAUGAUUGUAUCUUUGAAAAUAUACCCUAGUAAAUAACCAAGCUUUUUUACAUGAUAGUGUAUCAGAAAUGAUAGUGGUUGUAUCAUUUUAACAUUCUUCUUGACACAUGAUCACAAAUUUAUAAUUUCAGACAAAACAAUAUCAAUUUGUAUGGGCUACAAACCAAUAAGUAGUAUUUGGUUUCCAUUUGUUGAUGUUUUGCUUAAUAAGGUUACUCAAGAGGUGAAUUGUAUUAGUUAUAUGUUGGUAUUUAUUUAUUUUAUUUUUUAUUGAAUUGAAAUUUAGUGAAAAUUAUGUAAAAAAAACUACUAUUGUACUUUUAUUCUAUUAUCAACUGAAUUAUAAUUUUUCUAACAAUAAUUCAUCAUUUUAAACAUUUGAAAUUAGAAAAAAAUAUUUGUUGCAUAACAUUUGACAAACAGUGCACACUUCUGGAAAUUGGCGGGAAAAUAUUGUUCAAUUAAAAUAGAAGAAAUUCAAUUUUUAACAAAUUCUUUAUAAUAAAAAAUGUCUUUUCAUUAAUUAAUAAAUUUGUUUGUAAAUGAGCUGAUUUUCAAUUUUAUUGGAUAUUAAAUGUAAAAAUGAGGAAUAAAAUUAAUUUUUCAUGUUUCUAUAUAAUUUUCACUCAUAUAUUUUAUUUUAAUGAUGAUCACUUGCAACUAUGCUUUAGUUUUUUUACUCUCCAAUUAAAUACUGGGGGAAUGUGAGGUAAAAAUAUUAAUACAAAUAUAACAUGUAUUUUUGUUUAACCUUAAAAUUGAUAUUAAUAAAUAACUCGUUUGAA